AUUUUGUAUCUUAAGAAUAUUUCAGCUGGACUGGGAGUGAGCGACGCGUGAGUAAUGGACGAUUACGUCGGUUGGGUGUAAUAUUUGGCUAGUGUGGGAACGAACCAGUUGCUCAAGAGUUGUGUUUGUGUUGACAUAGCGCAAUCUGUAUAUUUGUUUUGGAGCGGUUCCAUAGUUUUUUGUUUUUAAAUCAAGAAAACAUUUUUGUUUAACAAACGGCCAAACGAACGAAACGCGUUUAUUUCUUUUGUUUUUAUCGUCACAGCUUCGCGUCUUCGGUGUUGGUGGCUUUUGAAUACCUCCAAAAAAACAUAAAACGAUCUUCUGGAUGAAAUAAAAAAAGAAGAAACACAAGAUGAAAAAGUAAAUACAAAAAAAAAUAAAAGCAACAUAAAUAAAUGGAGUGAAACAACCAAUAUCGAGCAAAGUUAACAAAAAAAAAUUAAUAAUAAAUGAAAGAAAGAGGGAAGGAAAGAAAGAAAGAAUGAAUGCUCCUCAUGACAAAUGAUCAAUAAAAUUAGUGAAGAUUGCUGAAGAUGGCAUAAUAGUGGGCAAUUAAAAGUAAUCUUGUGUUUUUUGUUUGUUGUGAAAUUUGACCAUGAAAAUAAUUCAAUAUCUUUAAAUAAAACAAAUUCGAAAGAAAAUAAAAAUGGAGUUCUCGAGGAUUGCCAAUGGAUUUAUUACAAAUUUUAUUUAACAAUUUUCUUUACAACAUCGAACAAGCAUUCAGGCUUCCAAAGGGAGCUGCUUGAAACCGGUUUAACAACAGCCAGCCUCUGUUGUUGUUGCCACUUCAGAGCCAUUAUUGUUGCCUGGAGUUGUCGACAAAAGAACCCCAACCAAUCAACAACAACAACAAAAACACCAACAAAAGUGCACUACUAAACUCCCAAGAUUUAAGAUUUUGAACACACCAACCAACGUAGCCAAACACUCCAGGAAAUGUUGCAUCUUUAUGUUCUCUGGUUGGGUUCAACGCUGCUCUCGUCGGGCAGUGAGGAAACUUGAAGCAAAAAAAAAACGUACAUUAAAAUUGAAAGAAAGCCUCAUUAAUAUGUAUGGCCAAGUGUAAAUGUGCGUGUUAAAAUUGUAUUAAUCACAACAGAAAAAAAUUACAACAAAGAGUUCAUGGACGGCGGAUUAGUUACAACAUGGAAGUGGAAAAUUCAAUAGCAGAACGGAAACCCAUGAAUGUACCCACAAAUGCCAUGAAGCGGGCCUCCCUCAAUCCCUCGCUGGCCAGCAGCACCGUGGAAAAUGUCAUCUAUCCCCCCUCGCACCAGUAUCACUACAUUCAGUACUAUCAACAGCCUGCCAUCAAUCAAUAUGCAAAUCCCAUUUUGCAACCCACCUGCCAAUGUAGCUGUAGCUGUGGCACAGCCAUGCAGCAGCAGCAACAGCAAAUGCUGCAGCAGCAGCAACAACAACAUCAGCAAAUGUCACAACAUUCCCCCCAUUCACCAAAUAACGCCACCAAUCGGGGACUGCAUUCCCACCAAAACAGCAUCGAUGCAGCGGUCAUUGUCCAUCGCCAGGCCAGUGGAAGCAACAGCAGUUCCGAACCACCCACCAUCAGCAACAGUUCCGAUUUGCCACAAAAGUCCCAGUCGGAAACCUCAUUGCUCAAUCAUUCAUAUCAGGCCCUCAAAGUGAGUGAAUCCCUCAACGAAAAUCUCUUGGACACUUCACCGAAAAUACUCAAAUCGCAGGCCUCCAGCUGCGAUUGUGACCUGGAAUGUACAUGCGGCCGUGCGGAGGAGGGGGGCAAGGCAAAUGUAAAUAGGGACGCCACCUCAAUUGAUAACGAAGAUCUUACCUCAUCAUCCUCGCCCAAUAGCAAAGAUCAAAUGAAACAAUUCGUUUUGUCCGAAGCAAUGCUGACCGCCGAUGAGAUUACGGUCAGUGAAUCGGAUAAUAACAGCAGCACCGUCAAGCGUUGUGAACGCAACAAAAAUAAGAAAUCUUGUGGUCUGUCACAUAAAAGUUCCUCCAUAGCGGAUGAUUUGAAUUAUCACAAUGCCAACAAUAUUGAUAUAUAUUGUGAUGGUGAUGCCGAGGCCAUAACCGAGGCAUGUCUGAAGGAAACGAAUGGUGUACCGGGUGCUAAUUCGGAUUUGCGGCCGCCACUACCUCCAAGACCACCACCGAGACCGAAAACGGCAACGGGUUCAUUGAAUUCUGCCCGAGGACGUCCUGGCAUGGUGAUAAAAAAGUAUGUGGUAUGGUGUCUGGUGUGCGGUGGCUUCUCGUGUAUAUUGGGCCUAUUGUUUUUAGGCGUUUACUUCCUGUUACACUCGUACACCAUAACGGUGGGAAAUUUCGAAACUGUACCCACCUUUGUGCCCGCCACCCUGUUAAUUUUAACUGGCCUCUGUGUCAUGAGCCUGGCCCGCCGUCGAAAUCGUUACAGCUAUUUAAUCAAGUUAUCCGGGGCCUGUGGCCUAAUCUCGGCUCUGACAUGUGCUUUGGUCACCGUCACCACCACCGUUUUACACAUGAGCCGCUUACAAGCCUUGCGCGAAUGUGAAUAUGCCCAAAAGACCAGAACGUGCACCUGUUACUCGGAUAUGAUUGAAUCGCAGGUGGAUCGAGUGGAUAAGGAGGGUGUUCGUUUGGUAUUCGACUCCCUGUCGGAUUGCGGUGUGGUCCAUGGUUCACUAUACUCCUGCUUAAGGGCAAUAUUUGGUCUAUCUGUGGCCGGUGUAUUGGUGGCUGUAUUCAGUUGUAUGCUGGUCUAUCAAUUGCUAAGCCAUGAACGCAAGAAAAUGUAUUGGGAACAGCUGGAACUGCGCUGUCGUUCACUCUACACACGUCCUCAGAUGCCACCACAAAACAUUGCAGCUGCAGCAGCUCCCCAUGGCUGUCGGUGCUGUGAACAAUGUCAUGCCCAUAGGCAGGUACCCUUGCAGGCCACUGCCUAUCCAUGGGAUGAAAGCAGUGAACCCCGGUUUUGGUCAACACAGCCUCCGGGAAACUUUUAUUCCCCCAAUCCUGGGGGUGAUGAUCUGAUGGGCUUGACCAACACUUGUCGACGUCAUGAAAUUACAACUGGACGUGGUCGAGGUAGCGGCUGGAGUUGGAAUCGUUGGUGGCAGCGUAGCUCCCCCGAUCCUAAUUCACGUUUUCGUCAAACUCCCUCCAGUCCUGACUCUCAGUAUGGCUUUUCGAAUAGCAAUGUGCUGGCGGCCAAUGCUCUGGGUGAAGAUGUCAAUGCCGUCGUAGCCAAUGGUGGUAAUCCACAACAAUUCAAUGUGCUAUCGGGGAACUUGCCCUAUGGCGUGUGGGGACCACCUCCACCUUACAGUGACCCCAAUAGUCCAGCAAGAAGGGGUUAUUACCAAUACAUACAACCACCACAUCACCAUGCCAGCAACAAUGCAAACGGUAACCCAUCCACUGGGGUGCCAAUGGUAAAUCCCAACAUUACCGAGCAGCCGAAUACCGGGUUUAUGGAACAGCCGGGUGCUUCGAAUUGUUGUCAACAAAACUCCAUUGCCAGAUCUAGCGCCUCAACGGUGGGUAGUGUGAGCAACUUCAAGUCCAAAGUGGAAUAUGAAAACACUCCCUCGGACAGUGAUUGUGGUGGUAAUCUGAGAGAACGGGAUCGGUUUUCCAAUACCUUGCCCACACGGAAGAUUAAAAAACGUUUGGAUCCGGGCAACAAAAGUAUUGGACCCAAUUCACAAAGUGCUCAGCGAGUCAAUGUGCAACAGGUCUUCUCUGCCAAUGCUCAGCAUUGUGGCAACGGCGAGGAGGAACAGGAAUAUCAUGAACCUCAAAUAUUGGGUGAAGAUGUGCCACAAACCGGACAGCCGCAGCACCAACAACAACAGCUAAAUAAAUGUGGUGUUGAAAAUUCCGCUUUCCAAAAUAGCUGUGAAUCCACCAAUACCGCCACGCAGCAGAUAGAACAGCAGGCGGGUGAAAGCAGUGACCCCACCGAAUCGGAAGUCUAUUUUGCCGAUGUCAGCAGCUGUUGUAAUAUGUCGGUGAAAAAUGAUCACUAUUAUGAAGACACCAGGGCAUCGCAAAGAACGUUAAUACCUCCCAACGGCAAUCAUCCGCACACACAUCCCCACAACCACACCCACCAUCAUCAUCAGCACCAGCUAAGCAAUUGCAGCAGCAGUACCAACGAGGACUACUUGGCUCAGCGAUUUGGACCGCGCGAAAAUUCCAUACGCAGCCGUUUGCCCUUCCCCCAAAAUGCCCAUGGCAAUGAAGGUUUUGUAGAGAACUUAAAAAUCCUAGGCGGUCCCAACAAAGAAGCUCACAUACCCAAAGAUCCGUCUUGCCAAAGUAUGUGUUCCGUUGAAUCAGAGGCAAAGACUGAAUUCACCGAUCUCUCGCCCAUGACCCCAUGUGGUCAGAAACUCAAUCAGUUAAAUGAUUUCGGGGAGAUCACCAAUCAGGGUCAAACAACACCGACCAAUUUCGUGGCAUCGUAUCCGUAUUCAUCGGAAUCGCAAAGUUUAGAAGCCCACCGACGCUCAACGAAAAAUCUCACCGAAGCCCAUUACGAGGUUAUUGAUGAUCAACAGCCGCCAUCGCAGCAACAGCAACAGCAGCCACAACAACAGGUGCCCUCGGUGGUGAAUCGUAGUGUGGCAAGAACGGCAGGCAACAAUAAACCCCGAACUCCACAAAAGCCCGCACGAAAGGACAACAGCGAUCGUGAGUGGUCGGAUAAUAGUAAUAGUGAUCGGAAUCGUUUAUGAAAUGAGGUUUUCGUUUGAAAACAACUGGAAUCGAGUGGUGAGUGAGAGGAGGUUGGCGAGAGAUAAGUGGCUUGGGAGUAAAAGUAUUUGGAAUUUAAGGUCUUGUCAGUUCUAAAUAGAAUGUCUUUCCGUUUGUGAAUCAUUGAAUUAGUAUUUUUAUAUCCCAUCCAAUGUAUGACUUUGCCGUGACCUCCAGAAGUCCUAUAGAAAGGUGUUAUUAUACCCUCAGCCAUAUGGCUAAAGAGGGUAUAUAUCAUUUGAUACGGUCAAAAUGUCGAAAUGUCGAAAUAACGGUUUUAGACACUAGGUCUCUUUGGACCAAAUCCGUUUUAGGACAUUUGGAGUCGGUCUAGCGAUGUCCGUCCGUCUGUCUGUCUGGCUUCUUGGUGAGCACUAUAACUCUCGAAGGGAGUACCCGAUUUGGUCCAAACUUGGUACAUCGUAAUAUUAUUAUCGAAUUUAGAUCGAGUUCCGAGAUGGCCAAUGUACAUUCUGGUACCUCCUCCCAAAAGAUUUUUCUGCACAGGAAAAGAAAGGAUAAUUCGAUUUUACUCUAACUUUGCAAAUCCUAAUAUUUGCAUCAGUUUUAGGUCAGGGGCAAAAAUGGAAAAUGUCGGUCCCCUCCUUCUGGUACCUCCCCACAAAGGAUCAAAAUUUUGAAUAAUUAUAACUCUUAUAAAAUGUGAUUUAAGAGUCCGAUUCGCCUCAAAUUUCACACAUACCAACAUUUUUAUUACCCCAGGGUGUAGUGUUAAGAUGGAAUAUAUCGGUCCACUUCUUCUGGUAUCUCCUUCUGAUACCUGCCCCACAAGGGGUCAACGUUUUGAAUAACCAAAAUGGUAAUUAAAAAUGAUCCGGUUCUCUGCAUAUUUCACACAUGCCAUUAUUUCUAUCAGCAGAAGAUCUACCGUGAAGAUGGGAUAUAUCGGUCCAUUCCUUCUGGUACCUCCCCCACAAAGGGUCAAAAUGUUGAAUAUCCAUGAGGCUCAUUAAACGCGAAAUUAAUAUCCGAUUCCAUUCAGACUUGGCACAUCUGAAUAUCUCUAUCAACACAGAUAAAGAUAGUAGAGAUUAGACCAUUCCUUCUGGUACGUCCCCCACAAAAGGGUCAAAGUUUUAAAUAACCAAACGGUUAUAAAAUCUGAAAUAAGCAUCCGAUUCUCUUAAAAUUUCACACAUCCCAUUAUUUCUAUCAACACAAGAUUUGCUGUGAAGAAGGUAGAGAUCGGAUCAUUCCUUCUGGUACCUCUCCCACAAAGGGUCAAAAUAUUGAAUAUUCAUGAGGCUCAUAAAACGCGAAAUUAAUAUCCGAUUCCAUUCAGACUUGGUACACCUCAAUGUUUCCAUCAACUCAAUAUCUUUUAUAAAGAUGGUAGAGAUUAGACCAUUUCUUCUGGUAUCUCCUCCACCCAUAGGGUUUGAUUCCUUAAUUUAAAUUCCAAAUAUUUUCUUCCCGCCACUAUUUCACAAAACCCGCUUCUCAUGAGGAAAAUAAUUUUCAAAUACUGAAAUAUUUUCGCCAAUCUUUAUAUUUCUCAACUAUAGCAACUGCCACUAUAAAAAAACAUAUUUAAUUAUAAAAAUAAAAAUCAGUCCAAUCGUACAUUGUUCGCCAUCCUUUUUAAUUAGUAAAUGAAUACAUAUUUUAAUAUUAAUAAUUGUUUAUAUUUAUUAUUAUUCUAAUUAUAUAUUGUUAUAUACAUAUACAUACUAUACAUACAUAUAUGAAUUUAUGUCUCACAAAUACUACUUACAUAGCAUACUUACACACACACUCACCACAACAUACUAUGCAUGACAUCACAAAGAGAAUUCAUCCAUUCUCAAACAUAGACGUUUUACGUAAAUAAA